UUUUUUUUUUCCUUUUCUUUUUUUCGGAGCUGGGGACCGAACCCAGGGCAUUGCACUUGCUAGGCAAGCGCUCUACCACUGAGCCAAAUUUCCAACCCCUCAAGACAGGGUUUUAAACACUAACCCCACUUGCCUUAGACUCAUUGUGUGGCCCAUGCUGCUCUUGAGAUGGAAGCAAUCCUCCUGCCUUAUCUUCCUUUGUGCUGAUAUUACAGACAUGAGGUAACACUCCAGGCCAUUUUAAAACUUUUGUUCCAAGUAUUCAUCAGCUCUCAAAUUGAGUCAGUUGGGUCAAAUUGGUUAAGACCCAACUUUCAGAUCCAUUUAUUAUAUUGAAGUUCUACACAGUGUGAGAGCAUUUGGGGUUUCUGAUAAGGGAAAAGACAUCCUGAUUAGCAUAGUUCUGUAUUGUUUAUGAUCCGGUAUGCCUCACUCUACUGCCCGAAUGCUAAUAAGAGCUUCCUAGAAGUCAUUCCUUAAGAAGUUGCAGCAUUUAAUUGUUUGGCAGGAUAUCUAAGUACAUAUAAUUAUAUCUUCCCUCCAUUUUGUGAGGGUGAUGAGCCAAGUAACCUGCAUCAGGAGAAAUUAAUGCCACCAGCAAGGAGAGCCUGCCGAGAGCUAGCACUUUAGAAGAACCUUCAUUAUAGAACCUUAGCAUAUACAGUGGGCGGUUAGUACUUUUCAAUCUGCCAAAAUAGCAUCAGCCCUGUCUUUGCAGGUGAAAAAAUGCAGGCAGAGGGAUGACUACUGAUCCUCUUCUGUAUUUUAGUAGCUGUGUGACUCUGGUUGAGACCUUGGCAGUAUGAAGUUCUCCGUCCUGACCAGUAUCUUGAAGAAGCCUCUCCCCUUUUGUGUGAGCCUGCCUUCUUCCUUCCCUUCCAGACAGGACCAGUUCUUGCUGAGUACAGGGCAAUGGAGAAGAAUAAGGCAAGGCAGCACAGUGAACAUGGCUUUAACUAUGGGCACCAAACAGUCAUUUCUUUAUUCAUCUCGCACAGUCUCAACUCUUACUCCUGUUUUUUAUUUGGAGUUGUUCGAUGCAAACCAGAGUCAGAAUUUGAGCUGAAAGGACUGGCUGAACAAGUAUGUAAGGAGGCUUCUGGAAGAGUAGAUCUCAGGUACUUUCUUCCGGAACACUAGUGGGAGGUACCCACUAGAGACAGCAGAAUUGGUCAAGCCAGUUCUUCUGGCCAAGCAGGUUGUCCUGGAUAAAAGAGGAUUCUCAUCAGUGCCAUUUGUGGAUGGGGCCACUGAGGCCAUCUAAAGCUUGUGGGUCAGGGUGUCUUCUGAACCCUCUGAGCUGUGUCUUCUCCAGUGUGUGACAGGCUUGACUUUCCCACAGUAGAGCUAGAUCAGCUCUUGCCUUGACCUUCAUGGAUAACUAUCCUUUGGCUUCUAUACCUCUCAAACUAUGGAGGAAACCAGUGUAUUCCAUCCAUUCCAUUUCCAGCCAGGAAAGUUCAAGCUCCACCUGGGCAGCAGCCCCUUUUUGCUGCAUAACCCCUCUAUCCCCUAAGCAUCCAAUCUGGUCAAGAGUUGACGCUCUGUACAGCUAAGUAUCUCUUCAAAUGCAGACAGUGCAGUGUGAACACGUUUCACAAGCCCCAGAAGAGAUUUAUAACCAGGUCAAAGGCCGAUCCUUAAGAAUAUCAGCUUCCUUUACAGACCACGCAGUAGUUGCUUCUACCAGCAUCAGAACACAGCCCUGGCUUGUUCUUCUAGAAAGCAGGACAAGAUUGUUUCCAGUGGGCACAGGACUCGGAGGAAAGUGCACACUAGGGGUGCAGAAGGCCACAUGAGAGGAAGCUAGGCUUGGGAUGAGGCCAGGAUCGAAGGCCUACUUCGGCCCCGCCAUCGUGCAGGGACAGGUGUGUGCUGGGGGUGUCAGGUGCACGGGCGACACAUCCCAGCAGGUAAACCUUCCUUCGCCUACGAAUGACCUAAUUAUAGGAGCCUGCAAUGGCCAGAGGUGGAGAAGGUCACUCCAGGCAGCCUGCCACUAAGAGUCGGUUCUUGUCCCCAAAGAUGUGGGGCUCCCUUGCGGUUCCCAUGGCUGCUGGACAAAGCGCCUUAAGGUUGCUUUUAGUCAUCAGGCUGCCAGACCCCGGGCCACAUCUGAGAAGUAUCAUCCAGCGGCCUUCCAGAAACAACAGGUCAAAGGGAGCCAGACCUCACCUACACGGACUGCUCAUGCGCCAAGUCUGCGCAGGCGCCCUGCUGAGCCUGGGGCUCCAGGAAUACCGGGGUACGCCGCUUCCAGCACUGCGCUUGCUCCGACUCGCUUCUUCCCUUCCCCCCCGCCACCCUCCCCGCGGGAGGACCACGCCCCAAAAGCGAAGCCACUUCCUUUGGCAGUCAGCUUCGCUGCGCCUGCGCCUGGGCUCCACAGUGCGCAGCUCUGGGUCCCGGCCCCACUCCGUCGCCCUCCCCGCGGCUCCCUGACGCCGGCGUGACGUCACCACGCCGGGCGGCCGCCAUUACAGAAAGCCGAGUCCCGAGCUAGGGCGAGCGGAGGAGGAGGCACAGCGGCCGGCGGCCGAGCACUGCGGAGCGAGCCAGCGGGCCGGCGCCAGCGCCCAGCAGCCGCCUGGGGCCGCAGGAAGCACCCCGGGGAGCGGCGGCGGCGUGUGCGUGUGGCCCGGGUGCGGGCGGCGGCGCGGGAGCAGCGCAGAGCGGCAGCCGGUUCGGGCGGGCGGCAUCAUGGACGAGAAGUUGUUCACCAAGGAGCUGGACCAGUGGAUCGAGCAGCUGAACGAGUGCAAGCAGCUCUCCGAGUCCCAGGUCAAGAGCCUCUGCGAGAAGCCUUUAUCUUCUUUGCCGUGGGAAUGACCCGUUUGGCACACCAGUGUCUAGCACGGGGUGGAAUCACUCAGAUGGCUAAAGAAAUCCUGACAAAAGAAUCUAAUGUUCAGGAGGUUCGAUGUCCAGUCACUGUGUGUGGAGAUGUGCAUGGGCAAUUUCAUGACCUCAUGGAACUCUUUAGAAUUGGUGGUAAAUCACCAGAUACAAAUUACUUGUUUAUGGGAGACUAUGUGGACAGAGGAUAUUACUCAGUUGAAACAGUUACACUGCUUGUAGCUCUUAAGGUUCGUUACCGAGAGCGUAUCACCAUACUCCGAGGGAAUCACGAGAGCAGACAGAUCACACAAGUUUAUGGUUUCUACGAUGAGUGUUUAAGGAAAUACGGAAAUGCAAAUGUUUGGAAAUACUUCACAGACCUUUUUGACUACCUUCCUCUCACUGCCUUGGUGGAUGGGCAGAUCUUCUGUCUACAUGGUGGUCUUUCACCAUCCAUAGACACACUGGAUCACAUCCGAGCACUUGAUCGCCUACAAGAAGUUCCUCAUGAGGGUCCAAUGUGUGACUUGCUGUGGUCAGAUCCAGAUGACCGUGGUGGCUGGGGGAUAUCUCCUCGGGGAGCUGGUUAUACCUUUGGCCAAGAUAUUUCUGAGACAUUUAAUCAUGCCAAUGGCCUCACGUUGGUGUCCAGAGCUCACCAGCUGGUGAUGGAGGGAUAUAACUGGUGCCAUGACCGGAAUGUAGUAACAAUUUUCAGUGCUCCAAACUAUUGCUAUCGUUGUGGUAACCAAGCUGCAAUCAUGGAACUUGAUGACACUCUUAAGUAUUCUUUCUUGCAGUUCGAUCCAGCACCUCGUAGAGGCGAGCCACAUGUCACUCGUCGUACCCCAGACUACUUCCUGUAAUGAAAGUUUAACCUUGUACAGUAUUGCCAUGAACACCGUCUGUUGACCUAAUGGAAUCGGGAAGAGCAGCAGUAACUCCAAAGUGUCAGAAAUAGUUAACAUUCAAACUUGUUUCCACACGGACCAAAAGAUGUGCCAUAUAAAAUACAAAGCCUCUUGUCAUCAACAGCCGUGACCACUUUAGAAUGAACCAGUUCAUUGCAUGCUGACGCGACAUUGUUGGUCAAGAAUCCAGUUUCUGGCAUAGCGCUAUUUGUAGUUACUUUUGCUUUCUUGAGAGACUGCAGAUCUAGGAUGUAACAUUAACACCUGUGAGUCCAGUUGACUUCCACUUAGCUGUAGCUUACUCAGCAUGACUGUAGAUGAGGAUAGCAAACAAUCAUUGGAGCUUAAUGAACAUUUUUAAAUGAGUACCAAGGCCUCCCCUCUUGUUGUGUUCUUUCAGGGAUACUAUUAAUUUAAUUGUAUGAUUUCUCUGCACUCAGUUUCUCCCUUCUCAAAUCUCGGCCCCGCGUUGUUCUUUGUUACUGUCAGAAAACCUGGUGAGUUGUUUUGAACAGAACUGUCUCCCUCCUGUAAGAUGAUGUACUGCACAAGUCACCGCAGUGUUUUCAUAAUAAACUUGAGAACUGAGAAAGUCAGGUUUGAAUUGUAUCAGUGGGCACGACUGGUGCUGUUUAUUAAACAAGAUAAAUCUAUUGAUCAAUUUCAGAAUUUGUAGAAUUCCAGGUAAAGAAAAAUAAAGAUCAAGGCCACUGUGUAA